AUGCUGCGUUCUUCGUCCAUCUUGCGGGAUGUCAGCUUUGCCGGGAUGCAGAUGCCGCGCAAAUACGUCUCCAUGGGCGGGUGGUGUGGCCCCGCGCUUAUUUUGGGCAAGCUGGGCCUGCGCACCGAGGCGUAUCCGUUUGACUUUAGUCGUUGCACGCUAGAUGGCAUUUUGCACUUCAUCCGUGAGGGUUUUGCGCACGGCUUUUAUCCGCCCGGUCUACCGCCUUAUCGCCCGGAGUGUGUUGGUAUAUGGGUGCUCUACCGCGGCCAGCACACCGCCUUUGCCCACUUUGACCUGAACGAUCCGAAGAUUCAGGCGCAGUUCACCCGCAAGAUGAAACGAUGGGACAAAUUAAUCGAUGCACCAGAGAUGCCGGUGACAUUCUUCCGCACAAUAUCGGCACGUGACCCCAUGGAGGAAAUACGGCUUAUUCCGGAGGUGGAAGCGGCCCUCGUGGCACGUAAUCCAACGCUUGACUUCCGUAUCGUGGUGGUUGCACACGACCAGGGUCUCGUUGCUCGAAGUGUUGAGCUCACCCCACUUUCGCCGCGUGUCUCUCUCUGGUCUCUUGCAUAUACACGCGAUGCCAGUUUUACAUUGUUUGACCGCUCGCAAGAGGCCUACGCCGACAUUGUACUACACAGUCUGGAGGAGGAGAACUGGCCACUAGACCCAGCGCGGAUGCCAACACCAGUGGGUCUGCGAGACACGGAAGCGGACUACGAGCGACGUGUAUUAUACCGAGCUGGUGGGGCUGAUGUUUCAUUUGAUUCACUUAGAGCCGAUGCGUUUCCAUGGCGCAGCCAUGACAACAUUGCCCUGAUUGAUGGUGUGGCGAGUGUGGGAGGCACAUGCGUGGGAAUUGGUAGUACACGAUGUACGGACGGUCUUUGUGCCUUUUGUGGUAGCACCGAUUAUCACAAGGCCGGCCGUCCCUUCCGCACAGAUCGGCCCUUCACCGCGGAGGAGGACCAACUGGUAUUAGUCCACCUUUAUCGGAUUCUCACCGGCGGCGACAAAAUUGAGGCGGUGGAAGAACUUGCGCACAAAAUGAAUCGCGGUGCCUUUGAAGUCAUCUGUCGUAUUCAGUUCCUCACGAAUUCCAGUGUGAAGAUUAUGGACUACGCCUGGGAGCACGAGGGGGAAUAA